AUGAGCGGUCUGGAUUCGGGGUCGUUCAGACGACCGUUGGAUUCGGACACUGUAGCGACGCGGUUCCUGCACGGGCGGCACAGUGCCAUGCAAUUCGCAGUGAUGCAACUAGGCGUGUGCACGUUCAAGUGGGACGAAGUGAGAAGAGAGUUCAUUGUUGACCCGUUCAACUUCAAGGUGUUCCCUCGGUCAGAGAUCCCGGGCUUUAAGGGCGUGCCGGCACACUCCUUUCAGUGCCAGCCGUCCUCCUUGGAGUUCCUGGCAGCACACCACCUCGACUUCAACUCCUGGGUGCAGCACGGAAUCUCGUACCUGUCCUACGAGCAAGAGGAAGCCGCAUGGAAGUUUCUCGACAUCCCUCCCCCACCAGCAACAGCCCGACAAUCACAUGCAAUGCCGACGUGGCACAGCCAACAAGGCAGCGCUGACGUGGCACAGCCCACCAACACCACCACCACCGCUACCACCACCACCACCACCACCACCACCACUGCCAGCAGCAUUAGCCGAUACAGCUGGCGGGACAGCAGCAACAGCAGUGACCCGUCGAGCCCGCCAUUCCCCGGUGUGCAGUUUGCUGUGAAGAGCCUGGCUCGUGUUGACUUGUGGCUCGCACAACUCCGAUCAGCACAGGAGCAGCAGCAGGAGCAGCUGUUGGCAAGGGGAGUCGCGAGUGGUCUGCGUGGGGAGGGUGUGGAGGAAUUUUCAGGGGAGGUUGCAGUGGGCCGGGAUGGAAGCAGCAGCAGCAGCAGCAGCAGCAGCAACAGUGGUUUACAGCCUGCAUUAGCAGCAGUGGUUGGGAAGAGGCCGUGGCUGUCUCUUCGAAUAAACGAUGCAUUUAACUGCCAUGCCGCCGAUCAGGCUAUUCGUUAUAAGCACCCCUAUCUAGCAUCACACGAGGAGCGGAUUGGUGCAUACAAGAGAGUGCGGCUCUUCCUGUGCGGCUCAAAGGAGGAGGCUGAGGAACUGCAGAAGCGGCUGCUGGAGCUGCGGCAGGCGGGAGCAGCUGCAGUGGUGCGCAGAGCAGUGGGGGUGAGGCGGGUGGUUGAUGCCCUGUCUCUGGCGUGCCAGACCAAACCCCUUGUGGCGCACUCCUGCUUCCUUGACCUCGCCCACAUUCUUCACAAGUUUGUGGGCCAUGUUCCGCCCUCCCCCUCGCUCUUCUCUCGGGAGGUCACCCGGCUCUUCCCCGCUCUCUUCGACACAAGCUGCCUCGCUGCUGCCUCACUUCUAGCACAGGUUCGUGCAGGGCAAUGUGGUGCAAUGUGGUGCAAUGUGGUGCGGCAUGCUCGUAGUGGUUCUUAUGCUGCUGUUCACCCUCCCCGUCGCUCUUCUCUCGGGAGGUCCUCUGGCUCUUCCCUGCUCUCUUUGGCACCAACUGCCUCGCUGCUGCUACACGCUUACCUCAGCCGGCUCUUCCCCGCUCUCUUCGACGCCAGCUGCCUCGCUGAACCCUCGCGUCUAGCACAGGGUGCUUGUCUCUGUGCUGCUGCCCUGCACUCUUCUAGGGAGGGGGAUCCACUGGCUCUUCCAUGCCCUCUGGGGUGGGCCACCACCUGCCUUGCUGCAUUUUGCAUUCAGUGUGGCAAUGGAAGCUGCCAGCACCAACAGGUGGGCGUCACUGGGCGUGCUCUAUGA